GUACGGACUCAGUCCAGAAUUUACACCUAAUACAGACGGCACACGGAUUGGAACUACUCAGAAUGCCGUACAGACCAGCAAGCUAUUACGAUGCUGAUCGCAAGAUCUGGAGCGGAGACCAAUUGGAAUACUACUUCGACCCACAUCUGUCCAUCGGAGAGAUUAUAUUCAACGAGAUGCGGAGGCAUCCACAGCUCAUCGCUCAGAUCUCAGCUACGGAGAACACGAUAUUGACCAGGGCGGAACUUCAGGCCAAUGCAAUGCACAUUGCCAGCUAUAUGCGAUCUUUGGGCCUCCUUCAAAUGGAUAUAGUGGGCAUUAUAGCGAGGAAUACCACCCACAUUUCAGCAGUGGCCUAUGCCUGCUUCUUCAACGGCAUUGCCUUUCACUCGCUCAACAUCUCAUAUGAACAAAGUACAAUCGAAAAGCUCUUUAGCAUCACCAGGCCAAAUAUCAUUUUUUGUGAUGGGGAUGAGUUCGAGAAGGUCCGAUCUGCCACGGCACAACUGGAUGUAAAGAUAAUCACCAUGCGUAAUCAUCCAUCGGGUUCUAUAAGGAUCGAUCAAGUCCUGUCAACUCCCAUUGAGAAAAACUUCCAGCCAGUACGGUUGGAACAGGGCAACGAUCAGACUUUGGCCAUUCUCUGCUCCUCAGGCACAACGGGCAUUCCAAAGGCUGUGACAAUAACCAACAGCAGACAGAUCCUUAAUUCCAGUCAUUCCUUAACCACCAAUGACGUUCAAUACAGCCACAGUACUCUCGACUGGAUUACGGGUCUGCUUACCACUGUAACAUCCGGGGUAUUCAGCACCAAGCGUAUUAUAGCAGAUAAUAUCUUCGAUCCGGAGUUCUUCAUGCGACUCGUAGAAGAGCACCAGAUCACUUGGAUAAUUCAAGCGCCCGCGCACAUGGCCAUGAUGGUCAACUCUCCCUCGUUCACCACCUCCGACUUGUCGAGCUUAAGGUACUACCUUUUUGGAGGAUCACGGGCUUCGGUAGAGACACAGCAUCGGAUCAGGAGUCGCCUAAGCAAGGACUGCCUACACUUUGCCUACGGCUUUACAGAACUGGGCAGCAUGGCCGCCUUGAACUUACACUUCGAUGAGAAGCCGAAUUCGGUGGGUCGUUUGGUGGCGGGACUUAAGCUUAAAGUGAUCUGUGAAAAGGGUGAAUCCCUUGGGCCCGAUGAGGUGGGUGAGCUGUGCCUUUGGAAUGGUCAAUAUUGGGCCGGGUACUAUGGCAAUCCAGAGGAAACACACAAAAUGAGAGACCACCAUAACUGGUUCCACACAGGGGACCUCGGAUACGUGGAUGACGAUGGCUUUAUAUACAUUGUGGAGCGCAAGAAGGACAUGCUUAAGUUCCAGAACAUCAUGUACUAUCCCAACGAAAUCGAGAGUGUCAUCUCAAAGAUGCCAGACGUGGUUGAAGUCUGUGUAUUCGGGGUGUGGAAUGAGAUCAACGGUGAUGAGGCCACCGCGGCCGUGGUCAAGAAGCGGGGUAGUGCUCUCACGGCCCAGGACAUUGUGGACUAUGUGGAGACCCAUAUCGAUGCCAAGUACAAGCAGUUGAACGGAGGUGCCAUCAUCGUGGAGGAUCUGGUGCGCAGUCCCAAUGGCAAAACCAACCGCAUGGCAAACAAAGCAUUUUUCUUGGAGGCCAAAAGUUCAGCAAAAUAAAAGAAUCCCGAGGUUACAAUAUUCCAAAUUUUUGUUUAAUACUAGUUAAUAAUAGUCCAAAACUUAAAUAUAGCUAGAAAGGCCAAACAUUUAUUGCUAAAUGUAUACAU